ACACAUUUUUCUCGCCUAUAGCACAAUUUAACCUGUGAGGGCGUUGCAGAAAUGGAAAUGGUCGCAAUAAAAACAUUUUUUUUAAAGGUUAAGAAAUGUUUAUACAUUUUUAAGCAGGGCUAGUAUGUAUUAUUACUUCAGAGGAACACAUUUCAGCUGUUAAUGAAAAAAAAAUGGUUUAGGGUUUAGUGCCUCUUUAAGACGUGCAAAACAUGCCAAGCCAGUCUUACGAGCUCAUAUACCUUAUCACCGUAAACUUAAAAAUCACGCAGUCACAUCUUCACACAAAUCAGUGAGAUUGUAUUUGUAUUUGAACAUCUUUAAGCAGCAUCACUAACCGCAGCCUGUCUGAGUAACACUAAUCAGCCCUCUGGCUGCAGUGUCACCGUGCGGUCGCUGGGGGCGCUGUAGCGCUGUCUGAACUGAGCGCAUAUCUUUUGAAUGGAUGCUGUUGUAUUGAAACGCCCCGUAUAUAAAAACACACGGCUCAUGAAAAAAAUCACACACACAGCCAUUCCUUUAUACAUCCAGCAAAUCAGAGUCCGUCAGUGCGGUCAAACGAGGCAUGCACACACACUCACACACACACACACAGUCACAAUACCUACACACACAAUCACACACACAAACCCUCCCUCCCUCCAUCCCUCAUCCUCCCCUCCACAGGCGCGCGCAUCCUCCACACAAGCAGACGAGCGCACACGCGCGCACACGCACACUGGGCUUCUAAAUCAGGCAUGCUCGCUGGAUGCUCUUAGCGGCUGUCAGACCGAAUCACGUCCGUCCCUCAGUCGGCUGUGCGCUGACCUUGACUGCCUCCCGGGCCAGCAUCAUCGUCUUCAUCAUUCCUGCGCUCCUCGGCUUCUUCAUACCCAUGGCUUGCUCGGACGAAGCGGAGAAAUGCCUCCUGCACAGGGGCAGGUCUCAAAGUGACCCCAACAUCCUCAUCGAGUCCGGCGGUGAUUCAGCGCGCAGCUCAGAUAUGAUGGAGCAGCAGAGGGUGCUGCGCUCCAGCUGUCUGGUGAGUGGGGUGCACACCCCUCCCAUCCGCCGCCACAGCAAACUGGCCACACUAGGGCGUCUGUUCCGGCCGUGGAAAUGGAGGAAAAAGAAAAACGAGAAGCUGAAGCAAAGCUCCACAGAUGUGGCUCUGGCCUGUGGCCUUCACUCUCCAGAUCCUGGGUCUCCCAUUCAGGGUGUGUCGGAUGCGGAUCUGCGGCUGCCUGGCCCACAGGGACCCAUUAUGAGCAUAAGCAGUAUGGAGUACCUCAGCUCAGACCAUGACCACCUUCCGACUGUUUCUGAUACUGUAGAAGACGGUGAAGCAUCAGAUGAGCCUAACAGAAGUGACGAAGAGGAGGAGGAAGAGGUUGCUCCAGAAGACAAUUCUGAAGGAGAGGACAGUGAUGCAGAAGAGAGAGAGGAAGAUGAAAGCCCUCAGAGACAGUCUCCUCCAAGCAACCACGGCAUCCCUCAGCUUAGCCCUGAGGAAGAUCCUGCUAAAGUCGCUGUCACAGCUGUGCCUCAGCCAAACUCAUUCCUCCCUAAAGACGUGCCCAGAGUCCCUGAGGGUCCAAGUCCUGUGGUUCUUAGAGGGCCUUUCUCCAAUCCUGUAGGCUCACCACAUAUAGGUACCAUGCAUCCUCCGCUGCCACCUAGCUGUAUCAUUGAGGAACUGCACCGAGCCUUGGCAACAAAGCUUCGGCAGGAAAGUACGGAUCGAGAGCCCAGUGGAGAGGUGGAGAACAGGAAAGAGGCAGAGGAGAAUAAGGAGAAUGUCAGACAGUCCCAGUGCUUCACCGAUGCCUCAGGAAUCAUAUACGACAUGGACAGCUGGAACGAAUCUGUCAUCUCUGGCACGCUUCCACGCCGAAUGAGGAAGGAGUUGCUGGCGGUGAAGCUGCGGAAUCGGCCCAGCAAACAGGAGCUGGAAGACAGGAACAUCUUCCCCGCACGCAGCGACCAGGAGAGACAAGAGAUCCGCCAGCAGAUUGAAAUGAAGCUCGCCAAGAGACUCAGUCAGCGGCCGGCCGUUGAGGAGCUGGAGAGCAGAAACAUCUUAAAACAACGAAAUGACCAGACCGAGCAAGAAGAGAGGAGAGAAAUAAAACAGAGACUGAACAGAAAGCUCAACCAGAGGCCAACAGUUGACGAACUGAGGGACAGAAAGAUCCUAAUCCGCUUUAGUGACUAUGUCGAGGUGGCCAAAGCUCAGGAUUAUGACAGGAGAGCUGACAAACCUUGGACUAGACUGUCUGCAGCGGACAAGGCGGCCAUCCGGAAAGAGCUGAACGAGUUCAAAAGCACCGAGAUGGAGGUGCACGCUUCCAGCAAGCACCUAACGAGGUUUCACAGGCCGUAGGAACAGUUUUUCUUCUGUGAAGAAACAAAUUAAACUGACAUACAUGGCGAAAUCCUGGAGAUGACGUCAUCCAUAGGAUGUCCAUAUUCUUCCAGCAUCCUGGUCUUGACCGGGGGGCGGCGGUGUUUGGGUGCGGUUAGUGGCAGAGGCUAUAGAGGCACAGCACCUUGAGGAGAGAACAGUGGCCACGGACACUUCCGCUCUGGGGCUGAAGAAGUGGAGCCACGAUGGGAGUAUUUGUGUUUUAUAAAUGACUGCUG